UGUAGAGUGCCCUCUCCGUUCUUCCGGCAAAGAUGAGGCCGAAAUGGGUCACUACAACGUCACCAGCUCCUUUUCAUCCUGGCCUUCAGUCCAGAUCCUGGAGAGGACUCCGAAGUCAACUGGUCCGCUGCUAGUCCUAAACAAACACCGUUUUGCAACUGUCAAGCGCACAUUCAAGAAUUCCAAGUCUCUUCUUUACUUUUGAUCACAGCUUUUAGGUACAACACUCAAAGAGUGUAGGCACGCCACCGGCGCGAUGGCUCCUGCCGUAAGUGUAACCAAGCUGGCCGCCACCGACUGGGGCUCGCUUGGACAAAAGUUACUGGACAUCCAAGUGGCAAUUGGGGAUUCGAAGACAGCGUAUGGCAAGGUGGGAGCGGAGCGGCAUGCUAUCGUGCUGCUUGACAAGAGCGGCUCGAUGUCAGGCUCGGCAUUUGAGCAAGCGAAGGACGGAUGCGAAGCCCUUCUGAAGCAACUGUGGGAAGCUGGCAUUGAGAGCAUCCACUUUGGCGCGUAUGACGACAAGGUUCAGGAGGUCCCUCUAACCAAGGGCGACACUUAUCCUAUCGGCCGCCUCAACGUCGGCGGAAUGACCGACUUUCUCGCGUGCUUCGACUACAUUGAGCGUUUGUGCGCGAGCGCGUGCGCGGGAAAGUCCCUGCUUAUCGUGUGGCUCACGGACGGAUGCCACACCCGGGGGAGCGACUCAGAGGUCCACCGAAGGAUGGAGAAGUUCAACGGCUUCGUGAAGGAAACCUUGACUUCGUGCCAGAUCUUUGCUCUGGGCUUCACUCCGGCCCACGACCACCGGCUGAUGGCCGGGCUGGCCGCAGCGGGAACCGAGGAAGGCGCCUUCAUCUACAUUGCGAGCGCGUCGGACAUGAGGGGCGCGCUGAAGAAGGUCGCCGGACAGCUGGGCAGCGGACUGGCCGCGUUACUCCACCUGGCCAGUGGCAAGUGGCAGCGUCUUACUCUGGAGCCCCUCGACUCUGCCGCCGGGUGCGCCACGUUCCGAGCAAUGGCGCUGUACAAUCCGGCGGACCCCAUCGAGAGCUUGGUCGUCCAGAUGGGCGACUCGACAGCCGAGAGAUGCGUCGACGUGACGUCAGCGGAAACCGCGGGCGCGGAGGCGGCGUCCGAACUAGUGGUGGCACAAAUCUGUGCGGACGCGGUCGCGGCGACGCAGUUGCUGAGCCAGAACCAGGACGAGGUCACCAUCGAGGCAACGCAAGCCAGGCUGGAGGAGCUCGGCGCCUCCCUCGAGAUGGAGCGCAGCCGCGCGCUGAAGGACGCGCCGCGCCGCCAGAAGCAGCGGGUUCACGCCCGGCUCGUGGAGCUGAGGGCGACCCUGGACAGUCUUCUGGCCCAGGUGGUCGCCGCGAAGAAGCAGGGCCUGCGAAGCGGGCAGGCCGCGCAGAUCUCCAGCAUGGCGUACGACCUGCGCGGGAGCGCGCGCCUCGCGCGCGCGCUGAACAAGAGGGUGCUGGAAAACGUGGACCUGCUAGACGACGUGCAGGGGAAGGUCGAUGAGGUGGUGCGUACCCUGGACGUCGACCACUUCCGGGCGGAAUACGCGGAGCUGACGGACGUCCUGGGCCGCUGCAUGCUGUCCGCGCGCGACCUCGCGGACGCGGCCGCGGAGGGCGCCUGCUUCUGCGUCAUGCUGUACGUGCAGCGCCCGCGGGCGGCCGUUGUGGUCGGGCCGCACAUGAUCCAGGUCCGGUCCAUCAUUACGUCCGCAUUCGCAACGGACGACGCGUUCUUUGAGGCGGUGCAGUAUGGCGGCAACGAGCAGGCCAUACACGGGGGCUUCAGCAGGGACGCGUCGGGGAACGUGUUCGUCGGGGCGGCCAGAGAGCAGGUGAACGCCAUCCUGCCGCUGUGCAUCGGCGGCCCCCACGGCGCGAUCGCCCUGCAGCGGAUGCGCGAAGUUCUCGGAUGGGUGGUCACGCUCGACCCACUCGGCUUCACCGGGGAGCAGGCACGUGUCGUCCCCUUCUUGGUCCUCGCCGCGGCGGCCCAGCAGCUGCCACCUGGCACGGAGAGAGGCGAGGCCGUCUGGAAGAUGCUGCAGGAGACGUGCCUGGCCGUCUACUAUCGAUACACAAUGAAGGAUCAGGUUGUGGCUGGCGUCACUGCCUACCUGGAUGAUCCGGCUGCACGAACGCUCGACGUCGUGCCCAGCACCGCCGUGUUUCUGAUGCAAGCGCACGUCGCCCAGCUGGCGGGAGACCUGGGCGACCUGCCGCUGGAGGAGCUCAUGAAGCUUGUCGCCGAAGAAGAGGCGAGAAGAGUGCAGCCAGGGGGCGGAGACUCCGUCAACGAAGACAGCUUCUUGCUGGAAGUCUUCGGUGUGACUUCCGAGUCCAUUCUGGAGGGUGCGCCGCGCGCUGGGAAGCCCACACCGAACGCAUGGGACGACGAUACGCUGACUCCCGCGGCCAAGAAGCUUGUCUCCGCCGCAACGGACGCUUUCGACAAGUGGGCGACCUUGACACUGCGAUUACUGCGGUUGCUGUCGCCGGGCGCGGGUUUGAGGGAGGUUCAAGCGCCAACGGGAGAGCUGACAUUUCGACGACUCUUUCCGGAGGGCCGCCGAGCUUUCUGGCUGCUGUAUCAGAACUACCUGCACCAGAAGAACCCUGUGAGGCGUCAAGAGAUUGCUGCCGGCCGCUACCUGAGCCCGUUCACCGCUGACUGCGAGGCCGAGAUCAAGCGCGCGCGCGAGGACGUCAUCUUCCGUGAGGAGAGGCGGCUCGCAAACGCCGGAACUAGGAUGGCCACGGAGAUGGAGCACAGGCGGUUUGCAGCGGCAUUUGCGCGCGAGCCGGACGUCACCAAGGCGGGGCGCAUGCUUCGCGGCACAUACUGGGGCGAUGGCCGUGUCGCGUGCGUCAUGCGUGCCCUGCAGAGCCACGUGUCGCCUGCUGUGGAGCCCAUCGCCAAGUGGCGCAUGCUGACAAGUGGACAAUACGCGGGAGAGCGCCUCUUUGGAGACGCUCGCGACUGGAAGCCCAGCCGGAUCAACUUCCGGCGGUUCUGGAAGGCGCACAGCGGAGUACUUACGAGAGAAGAGUGGGAGGCAGAGUUUCCGGACCGGGUAGAUCGGAUAGCCAACUGGUAUCCUGCCAAUGGAGGAGAAUUGGAGCCAGUAGAAAGUAGAGAAGCUGGCGGUGGGAUCUGAGGGGGCGUGCCUGCAGAAAGCGUGUUUCAAUAUGACACGCCAUUCAAUAACCCGCAAAGCAAAUUUCGUUGGAAGGGCAAGGGCGAGCUGCUUUAAACAAGCUGAGCCGCUUGGAUAAAUGUUCAGACUCGGACCAACAGGAAGCAACUUGCAAUGUUCAGACUCGGACCAGCAGGAAGUUAGGUGCAACUGAUGACGUCAGCGUUUGUCCGGUAGGAUCAGAGUACGAAGUAGCUGCCAAUCGAAGUUGGAGUGCUGAGCUCCAAAUUGAUACCAGCGUUGCUAGGAGUACUUCUGUCCUACUGCUUUUAACGGG